GAAUUUCGUUUUGCUAGCAGUUUUAUCCUUACUCAGCUAGAGCGCGGAACGUUACAGUUUUAAAAUUAGAACAACGAUUUUUUUUUUUUAAUUAUAAUUUGUGCAGUGAAAGCGAUGGCUUUUCUUCAAGGACCUUCACCAAAACAGGCGGAGAUGAUUAAGCAAGAACUUGGCGAGCAUCCCGGUGAUAUAGAAAGGGGUGUGAUUGAUCUCCAAAGCAUGUGUGCCGCAAAUCCAUAUUUGCCACGACCUGAACAAUUUGAUAAUGCCCUAUUGGAAGUAUUCCUCCGUGGAUGUCGAAUGGACUUCGAGAGAGCCCGCAACAAAUUGGAGGCGUAUUGCUACGCACACUCGCGGUAUCGAGACCUCUUCAUUCAUCGGUCCCUCAACGAGUCACCGCUAAAUAAUGUUUUCAAAUUUCUGGAUAUAGUACCUCUUCCAAAGUUAACAGACGAAGGUCUUCGUGUCACAAUCUUCAGAGUGAGACCCAACUAUCCAGAAAAUUGUGUUGAUAUAAAUGCAGCAGUGAAGGCUAUAUUGACAAUCAGCGAUGCACGCUUACGAGACGAAACACUUAUAUUGGGCGACGUCUUCGUCUGGGAGGCGACCCACGUGCGGGCGUCCAUGGCCGCGUACGUAGCAGCCGCCGCCAACUCCGUUCGACGCAGCAUCUACCUCGCGCAGGCAGCGUACCCCCAACGCAUGAAACGUAUCCACGUGGUCGGUGCCGCGGGCCUCGUCGCCUCCUCACUUAACCUCAUGAGAUCGUGCGUCAACGAAAAAGUCAGGAAACGGUAUUACUUGCACUCCAAAGUGGAUGAAUUGCUAGAACAUUUCCCGGCAAGCAUUAUACCUGCGGAGUGGGGCGGUGAAGAAGAAUCAUUCGAAGUUCUCACAAAGAAAUGGCGCCAGAGAGUCGAUGACCUCCGAGAAUAUCUUAGAAAUUUCAAUGAAAUCUGUCAAACUGCCCCGGAACCACAAUUUGAUAUCGAUAUUUAUGGAACUGUUGGAGCAUUCAGAAAGUUAGAAAUUGACUAAUGUCGCGUUAACGGUUAAACAAUAUAACGGGCUCCAGAGUCCAGACAAUGUCAUAAUCCAAUCGUUAAUUAUUAUUAACAA